AUGCUUUGGCAAGCAGCGUUCGCUGCCAUAGUGUUGGACACCGUGUUUGCAUGGUCGCCAACUAACAAUUACGCUCCCGGGAACGUUAGUUGCGCUAACGACAUUUCCUUGGUCCGCGAAGCUUCCGGUCUAUCCAACAACGAGACCGAAUGGUUGAAAAAAAGAGACUCUUACACCAAAGACGCCCUCAAAACGUUUUUGGAACGUGCCACCAAGAACUUCACAAACUCGUCUCUGGUGGAUUCGCUUUGGAACUCAGACCAAGUGCCCAAAUUGGGUGUGGGCUGCUCCGGUGGUGGCUACAGAGCAAUGCUCAGCGGAGCAGGCAUGCUCUCGGCAUUGGACAACAGAACGGACGGGGCCAACGAACACGGUCUGGGAGGACUGCUGCAAAGUGCUACGUAUCUCGCAGGGCUUUCCGGUGGAAAUUGGCUCGUGGGCUCGCUUGCAUGGAACAACUGGACCUCUGUGCAAGACGUAAUCGACUCUCGCGGCAAGAAAAAUGAACUUUGGGACAUCAGCAACUCGAUCUUGAACCCCGGCGGCAUCAACAUCCUCAGCAGUGCGUCCCAAUGGGACCAUAUCUCGGACGCCGUCGAGGACAAGCAAGACGCGGGCUUCAACACCUCCCUCACGGACGUGUGGGGCCGUGCGUUGUCCUACAACUUCUUCCCCUCGCUUUACCGCGGCGGAGAAGCUUACACUUGGUCUAGUCUCAGAGAAGCUGACGUUUUCAAGAACGCUGAAAUGCCUUUCCCCAUCUCGGUGGCAGACGGAAGAUACCCAGGGACUCAAAUUGUCGAUUUGAAUUCCACCCUAUUUGAGUUCAAUCCUUUCGAAAUGGGUUCCUGGGAUCCGUCCUUGAACGCCUUUACCGACGUUAUGUACUUGGGCACUAACGUUUCAAACGGUACUCCCGUCGCGGAGGGAAAGUGUGUUGCAGGGUUCGACAACGCAGGCUUUAUCAUGGGUACAUCCUCGACUCUUUUCAACCAGUUCUUGCUACAGCUGAACACAACCUCUUUGAGCGGAUUCAUCAAGGGAAUCAUUGGCGACUUCUUAAAAGACUUGUCAGGCGACUACGACGACAUUGCCAUAUACAAUCCUAACCCUUUCAAGAAUAUUCCAUACAUUGCGUCCAACUACAGCCAGAGUAUUGUGGAAUCUGAAAAUCUGUUUUUGGUUGAUGGUGGUGAGGAUGGCGAGAAUAUUCCACUGGUUCCAAUGCUACAAAAGGAGAGAGACGUAGACGUGAUCUUCGCUUUGGACAACAGUGCUGAUACUGACGAAUACUGGCCUGCGGGACUCUCGUUGAUUGCAACUUAUGAGCGUCAAUUCGGACCUCAAGGCAAAGAUCUCGUUUUCCCUUAUGUCCCAGACUUUGACACGUUCAUCAACAAAGGCUUGAACUCCAAACCCACCUUUUUCGGUUGUGAUGCGUCCAACUUGACACAUUUGUCUCAUACGCCACCAUUGAUCGUUUACAUGCCAAACAACCGUCAAUCUUACAACUCCAACACCAGUACUUUCAAGAUGUCGUACAGCUCCAGUCAGCGCAUGAGCAUGUUCCAGAACGGAUUCGAGGCCGUUACGCGGAACAAUUUGACUGACGAUUCUGGAUUUGCAGGCUGCAUUGCGUGCGCUAUCAUGAGACGGAAACAAGAAUCUUUGAACGCUACUUUGCCACAAGAAUGCACAAAGUGUUUCCAAGACUACUGCUGGGAUGGUAAACUUGCAAACAAGGAUUCCGGCGUCAGCAGCCAAGGAGCCUACAGUGGUUCAAUCUCAUUCCAAACCGAUGCUGCAACGUCAUCAGGCGCCUCAUCCACCGCAUCCUCCAGCAAAAAGAAAAAUGCAGCGCCAUCUAUGGCUCGGUCUUACAAUACCGGCUGGAUAGUUGCAUUUUCCACUUUGCUCGGCUCGAUACUGGGGCUAUUAUGA